CAAGUUUCAUUGUAGCUCGUGGUUCAACUUGCGCUGAUUCACCUUGUAGCAAUACUGUUGAAGUUAUUUAUUUUUCAUACUAUCCGGAUAGUAUUUGCUUCUUUAUUUUUUUUCACGGGCUUAAUAUUUUAAAUGAUUAUUCGAUUUUUAUCACUAUUGAUAUUCAUGCUGUUAUUAUUUCCCAGAAUUUUCUUGUUUGUUCAUCUUGAGCCAUCGCCUGGCACAUAGUGGUCUCUUCACUUCAGAAGUAUUUGGUCUCGAAAUAACAAUACAGUAAAUCGGUUUAUUUCUCAAUGGUUGGCGACUGUGGGACUUCCAUCUCAUCAAUUAUUCUACUCCGUGUUUUGUGGGGACAUAAGGAUUCUUUUACUUUUGGGACUUUUAAGUUAAAUAAGCAGCUUAUACAUUCUUUUGUAUGAGGAGCAAAAAGAGCCGUCAUAAAUUAGCCGCUCUCAACUUUCUAUCCAAUAUUUCUCUUGAUGGGAGACAUGAACAUAAACCUAAUGGAAUUGGCUAUCACUCUUCUGUCCCGUACAUUUUCAGUGCUGGUAAGUAUUUACGUUACUCUUGAAGCUUCUUUUAGAGAUAUAUCAACUGAGUUACGAUUCCACUCUAUGUGAUUAGCCACAGCACCGAGUUUCCAAACGGUUGCCUGGUUUUUCCGUAAACCAUGUAUCAAGACAUAGAACUAUAUGGAUGCUAGUUGUAUGACUUAAAAGUAUCAUUUCGUUCAUGUCUUUCUGUGUGCGAGAAUUGAAGGUUCUCGAACGGGGUGUGUUAGUUUCCUCAGGCACCAUUGGUAAGAUCCUCAAAUGCAUAACUUUGAUCUCAGCGACUGAUAAAUAACUGGAAAAUAUUUAUUUUGCAACCAGCUAACUUUUGCUGUAACCUAUUACCUAACCAACAGAGUAUAUACCGACGUCCUGGUUUGAAUAAGUACCUAACUCUUCCAAAGGGCUACACUGUAUACUCAAAACGCGAUACGCUCCGCAGGGUCACGGAUAAACUAAUAACGGAUGUUUUUUACGUUUUAUAGACAAAAUGGCACAAAAACUUCUCCAGUUAACUCUUCUUAUGAGCAGCAAGUUAAUGAUACAUUUCAUGAAAUAUCUGAAGAAUCAGUACCAACCAAGUUUUCGGGAGUACCUGAAAACAUCUUAAGUUCGGUGACAUGUGCCCAGAAUUAUGCUUUAUGCAAUACUUUCGUGGACACGCAUCUACAAAGCAAUAGAUCUCAAACAUUUUCUAAGGUUUCUAUUUCAAAUGUUUCCUCUUUAUAUGUUACAGAUGUGCAACUGGGUAGUGAAAAGUAUGUUAAAUGUUAGCCACUUUUCUUUAUUUAUAAAAUCUUUUAAUUCUUCGAUACAGAUUAAUUUUUGUCAUAUUUUUCAACUAUGUUUUAAACUGCUCCCAACUAUGUGGUUAUGUUUUCACCUUAAUCUCACCCUGAAUAGUAUAUUCGUUGUUAGUUAAUGUACUAAUUAUUCACCUAAUUGUCACUGAAUGUAAUCACGUGUAUGUGUAUGUGAUCAUUAAUCUAAUUCAAUUAAUUGUAAUUUAUGGCUAUCAUAUGUGUUCAGUCAGUACGUUGAAUUGUGGCUCAUUAUUAUGGGCCCUCAGUUCACAACCACUCGGUCUUCGGUACAUUUUUGCUUCUUUUUUAACAGGUGUAAUGUAUAUAUAAUCCCCAAAUAAUCCUUGUGACUCAAUAACCAAUACACAUAUAUGUACUUGAACACUGAACUAUAUUACUUGUAGGUGCAACUAAUAAUCUUUGCAAAAUAUUAAUCAAUAAUAAGUUGACGUACUUAACUUUUAGCUACUCCUAUUACAUAAGCGAUUAAUAUCCUGUCUAGUUCCCCAGAUAAGAAUACACUGAGCGGAGGAUGGAUCUGUGUUUAUGUAGUCAGAAGUUGAGUAUUAAAACUGCCAAGUCACACUUGCAGUUCCAUUGUUAUUACUUCCCUAAAAUAUAUCAUAAGUCGUGAAUUAUGUAUGCUAGAAGGUGAGUUGACCUGUUUCCAAACCUUUGGUGCUUUUAAUGUUUAGAGAUCAUGGGGCGUUAAAAUCAGAUAAAGCGGUUCCUGUUCUCUAAUUUAUGACAAACUCUCCCCAACUAUCCUCCUAUAUUACUAGGUAACUUGUACUUUCAGGUUUCCAACUAGUGUCACUAUGUUUAUGAAAUAGGCAUGAUCGCGGUCACUUAAUUGAUUGGUAAGACAAAUAAAAGUUUGUAAUAAUCCAGUUAACCAGUGCGGCUCUUGUCUGGAUGUAUUGAAAUUAAGUACUAGUUUCACAGACUCACUGGGUUUCCUCAUAAGAAACAACAGAUGAUGAACUUAUUCGUAGUAUGAUAUGUUGGACAAGAUUUAGGCUUGACAGUCAGGUAUCAUUUUGAUUGAAACUCGAGUGACGUAUAAAAUCUGUAUCUCCUAAUCUCUUACGCUUCAGUUGACUUGUAAUUACACUUAUCUUCAUGUACAUUUUUUGUACCUAAGCACAUCAUUUUAUUAACAUGAACACCAUGAUACUACUGAAACAUGUGAGUGCCAGAACUAACUGUUAUCCUAAGAAGCUAUCUUUUAGUAUUUGACUAAAUCGUUAAGUCUCCAUAAAAACGUCCCAACUCAAUACCGACUGUUUACUAAUAGAGAUAAUAACUCAUUUAUGGGCAACCAACUUCUGUUUAACGUAAUUUUUUCUCCCAGGUUGAAUAUAUCUUUAAAAUGAAGUGUAAAUAUUCCAUGUGUUGUUAAUCGUAACUAGCUGAUAUUUCUUAUUAGUUUCGCUAGUCGGUGUCACAUAUUUUUCAAAAAGUAAUAAUUUUUUAUUCCAGACAAGAAAACUUCACCGAUAAAUCAUCUUCGAACAAACUGUCAGUCAGUGAGUGGGACAUGUUCUUUUAAUAUCCUAUUUUUCAAACUGUUAUUUUGUUGUGAAGCUCGUAAAUACUAAUUUGACUGUCAGUAUUGUAUAAGUGAUAACCGAUUUCAUCUGGUAUAUUGAUUCAGCUCUAUAGUGUCUUGUCGAAAGAACAUUUAUAUUGGUAUUAAAACGUGUUCUAAAUUUACACGUGAAUGAAAUCAAUAAUCAAUGUUUAAUGAAUUUAUCUUGGUUUCUAGGUGGCAUCACUCCGUACCCAAUUCAUCACCAGAACACUAGUCAAUAUCACAUAGUAUUACUAGUUAUAUGAGAAAGAUUUAUGUACUGCUUUUUUAUUUCAAUAUAUGUUCAAUUUGUUUUAAUUAAUUUCUCGUAAAGUUAUCUGUACAAUAUAAUCGGAUUUUAGGUAUUUGAAUGAGGAACUGAAGGUUGACAUUAAUCUUAAUGUGUAUUUAUGUUUAUGAUAUUACCUAGUUCACGUACCUGGAGUCCCCAUUGUCAUUUCUUGUAACCUCGCUAGUGUAGAUAUAUGGUACAUGCUACUUAUGUCUGUCGACAUUAGUAUGCAACACCAGUCAAAAGUUGAAUAGCUGACAGCAGAAGGCUAAGGAGAUCGAACUGAAGAAAAUAGAAAGGGAGAUAGAAAGAAAUUGUGAAUUGGAAAAAUCAGACAGAAUGUAAAAGACAAUUAAUGGAAGAUUUGCAAAUAAAGCAUUUAAUGUAUGGUUCUCAUAUUUUACGAAGACAUCCUGUAAUUCCGUAUGUAAUAAUAAAUGGGUUGUCCUCACCCGUGUUCUCGUUCAUUGCAGAUAUAGCAUUACUUUCAUAAGCAGAACAAGCUUGAAUGUAAGUCGAUGAAAAGCCCACGGAAUAUUGUGGGUAGCGAAAGCAGAAGAGAUGAAAAAGUUAGCAACGAAAGGUAACAGUUGACAACUGUUCAGAUCUAUCAAGGAAACGAUAUUAAAAAUCGGUCUGUUAGUGAAAGUAUCUCGGAAAAACAUGGAAUUAUUAUUCACUCUUAACCAUGGAGAUUGGACCUAUGAGCAGAACACUUUAGGGAAUGGUUCAACUGGCCUUCAGCCAUACUUCAGUUACCCACUAUCUCCGAGCAAUAGGAAUGAUAAAUUGAUAUAUGUCUUCCAACUCUUAGUAGGGUUGCAAAGGCUACAGGAGAUCUAAAGUGACGGAGGGCAUCAGAGCCUUAUGGACUAACCCCUGAGAGGAUGAUGGUCCAGUUUUAGCAGUCAGAUUAACUGAAAUAUUAGCUAGAAUCUGAAAUCUGAACAUAAUCUCAUCUGACUGGUCUCGAUCUCUGAAAGGACGAAAAUCUCCUUAUGACAAUCACAGAGGAAUCAGUUUAGCUAAUAGUGUCUAAAAUAUUGGCUUCAAUAAUACUUCGAUGCCUAAAUAGAGCUCAUAAAUAGCAAACCCAAGAAAAUCAGGCUGGUUUCAGACGUGGACUUUAAUGUAUGGACCAAAUAUUCACGCUUCAGCAGAUUCUGGAUUAUAAACAUACUUUUCGACAUCUGACAGUAUUUUUAUUCCUCGACGUUAAUAUAAGGUUCGACACUUGAUUGGGAGGUUGUGUGGCAGUCUAUCAUUGAAAGGCGUACCGAAGAAGUACAUCAACUUUGUACAGGCUCUCUACUCGAACACUACUGGUCGAGUCAGAGCUUAUGGCGAACUAUUGUCAGAAUUGGUUGCUUCAAAUGGUGUUCGUCAGUGCUGUUCACAUUCCCCAUUUUUACCUAAUUGUAUCAUAUACUUGCUUUUAGAGAAAACAUUUAUCGUCUGAAUUUUGGGGUAGUUUCCAUAGAUAUAGAGAGUUCAUCAUUUGCGCAUAUAUAUUGGCGCUCUCUUGUACCAAUAUUUAUGUAUUCAAAUAAAUAAAUAAAUAAAUAAGAAUUUUGGGGUUGAUCUACCAGGAGAUUCACGUGACUUAAAAUACGCAGAAGAUAUAGUUCUAUUUGAUCAAGACAUCAAAGAAAUAGUUGUCUGACCAUUUUAGGCAAGAAUACCAGUAUGUUCAGGAUGCUACUCUAUCCCACCAAAUGCCAAGUAUUGCUUCAGGAUUGACCCGCGUUAGCGCCUAAAUUGAUGAUAGGGAGGGAAGUAGUUGAACGUAUCGACCGUUUCACUUAUCGUGGGAGUCUCGUCAGUGCUGAUGGUCUGUUGUCUGACGAAAUCUCGCCACGGAUUCAGAAGACUCGAUUAUCUUUUGCCAACCUGCGUCACUUGUGAUGUUAGCGAAAUAUACCCAUAGGUAUCAUACUCAUCCCAAAACCUGAAAGCUGUGUCUCAUGUUCAUUCAUUCAGUCGUAAUCAACAUUAACUGGCAAUGAAAACCACUGAAGGUGUCACGUAUGCGCAAUGUUAUUCAACGCUACCGUCCGAAACCUCUACUCAAACAUAGAAUACAAAGGCAAUUUAAUCAGAAGUAGAGAACGAAGGUAUAUUUGAGUCGCUGUCGAUGUGUAUUUGAUCCAAUCUGACUAAUUGCCAUAAGAGAUGUACAACACGGCAUAUUCAAAUGGGAUUAGGUGCGUUAAUUAAAAUUAAUAAGAUCAGCAUCAGUGUUGAAUGCUUACAAACUUUAUUUUGGGAAUUUAUUAACCACGACAUUAUUUUCAAUUUUCUCAAACCAAUAUUCCUAAAUUACUUGACCUAACGUUAUUUCAUAUAAAAGAGUUAGCCCUAUUUCACAACUUUAUUAUUUCUCUUUUAAUAUUCUUAUUUAGCUACUGAUUCGUCUAAUCGAAUCACUGAAAUGCAACCUAAGACUAAUUUUAAAAUUAAACUAUCCCAUGAAUCUGGUAAUAUCAGUUUGGAAGACAUAAAAGGACUGUGUAAAAUGAAUCCAAAAUCAAUACAAACUAAUGCGUUAUCCAUAAUUUCCAAACGGUAUGUUAAUAUUUAUUUAUUUGUUUGAACACAUAAACAUUGGUAUAAGGGAGCACCAGAUACAUAUGCGCCACAUAAUAAUAAUGAGGUCGUUAAGAGAUAGAGGAUGUAAAGUGCGUAUAAUAAAAAGAACAACGGACAGAGAUUAGUGUAUGAGCGUGUAAUAAUAAUAAUAAUAAUAAUAAUAAUAAUAAUAAUAAUAAUAAUAAUAAUAAUAAAAGUGGUAGAGGCAAUCCAGUUAGGAAAAAUACAACCAGAAAGAAUUCUUUCAGUUAAAGAAGUUACGUUCACUUCUAUGAAGAAAACAAAACAAAGUUACAGUAGGAUCGUCACAAGCUUCUAUUCUGAACUGUGUCUGAUAACUCCUCUAGCCACUGUGUUGCACCGUCUCUAGUACCCCAAACAAGGAGUCGUGAAGGUCCAACAGAAGCCAGUCCUGUACAUCUUUCAUACCACGACAUCAUGUUAUACACUGACCACCUCUCCGCUUUUUCCAACCAGUCCCAGCGUCGGCAAAUAGUGCACGAUGUAGAAUUCUCUGGGACGACAUUCGUAGGACAUGUCCAAGCCACCGAAGUUGAUGUUUCAAUAUAGUGAUAUUAAUUGAAUUAUCGACGCUGUGCCUGAACAUACGAUGCUGAACCUCUGCAUUACUAACAUGGCGUUGCCACUGGAUGCCAGCAAUCUUUCAGAGACAACGAUGAUCAAACACAGAAAGUCGUCUAGCAUCUUCAACUCGGAGAGGCCAGGAUUCACAAGCACAGAGCAGAACUGCUCUCACCGAUGCGUUGUAGAUCCUACCUUAUACAGUCAGACUGACAUCACGAAGGCGCCAAAGAUGGCCCAGGUUGGCAUAAGCCGCUUUGGCUUUCACUAUACAUGCAUUGAUCUCGUCACUCACCCCACCACCAGCACUAAUGCAGCUACCUAGAUACACGAACUUCUCGGCUACUUCUAUCUGCUCACCAUCCAGAAUGAGUACAGGAUUAGAAUCCUGCCAGUCUCGUAGAAGUACUUUGCACUUCGAAGGUGCAAAGCACAUACCAUACCUACGGACAUUGAUUGCCAACUGAUUAAGUGCGGAUUGCAUGGCUUGUGUAUUAUCUCACAGUAAGACAAUAUCGUCCGCAUACUCAAGGUCGAGAAGUCUUUCUCCAGGCAACAGAUCCACGCCACCAUUACUUACAUCCAUCAGAGCUGUUUCCAGAAUGUCGUCGAUGGCAGAAUUGAAGAGGAAUGGUGAGAUUGGGCAACCCUGCCUAACCCCACUGCUCGAAUAGAACAAUGGAGAAAGGUGGUUGAAUGCCCUCACUCUGCCUGAGGUGUUUGUAUAUAGGGCUUUUUAGGAUGUUAAUAAACAUCUCAUGCACACCCUUCUUCGAUAGACAAUCCCAGAAAACAGUCCUGUCCAACGAAUCGAAGACAGCCCUGAUGUCAAGAAACACUACGAUUGUUGGCCUUUGAUAAGUAUGGCGGUGUUCUAACAUUUGGCGAAGGGUGAAGAUAUGAUCAAUACAUCCUCGACCAGAACGAAACCCAGCCUGCUCCUCGCGAGUCAAUCUUUCUCGGGUUUCGAACAACCUACGAAGUAUGACGGAAGCCAAUAGCUUGGACGCAAUCGGAAGUAGACUUAUCCCCCGAUAGUUGUUACAGGAACGACGUGAACCCUUUUUAAAGAUAGGGACAACUGUCGACUUAUUCCAUGACGUUGGUACACUCUCUAUUUCCCAGACCUUUGUAAACAACACAGUCAGUUCCUUAGCCAGAAAGUCACCACCAUUUUAAAAAAGAGCCGGAGGUAAGCCAUCUGAGCCCGGUGAUUUGUAGCGCUUCAGGAGUUGGAGUUCCUUGCGAACUUCCGCCUCAUUUGGUGGAUCAGUCGUCACCAGCCAUGGAGAGCAGGACAGUGUGACCGAUGUUGCCGGAGCGGCAGGCCAGUUGAAUUGCCCUUCGAAGAAUUCUGCCCAUCGUCCAAGACGUCGAUGGAUGUUAAUGAUUGGCAUCCCAUCAUCUUCACAGAUUGUUUCACCCACACCAGACUUCUUGCUGCCAGUGGUUUGAAUGAGUUGGAAGAACUUCCGGGAAUUACUAUAUGCAGCUGUUACUUCCAGCUCAUUAGCACGUUUCGACCACCAGGCUUCUCGGUUCUUGUGCUAAUCAAUACUAACUACGACUGGUAUGUUAAUAAGAGUAUAUUCUAUUUGAUUCGUGCGACUUCACUCAUUUUGUUUCAGGUUUUCAAAUUCUUCAGUGUUUAUACUAUUUUCUUUGUAGUUAUUAAGUAUUCCAGUCAGAAAAUAAAUAGUUGACAAAACUCGAGGAAUACAUUAGAAGUGGUCAUGCUUUUCGUUUUGCAGAUAUUUAUUGUGUUAAGGUUCACUUGUCAUGAAGUGAUGAACAUGUUCUUCGUUGUGCUGUAUAUUGAUUCGUUCAAUCGAUUUUAAUUUAUUUUUGUUCUUGGAUUUUCUGGUUUUGACAAAGAUUAGUGUGGAUGGUUUUCCAGUAUCUUUUUGAUACUUUCGUGUGUUAGGCUAGAUAAUAUUCAACUCCGACCUGUAUACGGUAAACGAAACUAAUUCUAUCCUGUUCUUCCUUUCCCUCUAACUGGAGUGAGUUCAGCUUGUAUAGGAGCUAUGUUGAUCGAGUCUUUGAGAUUAAUUAAUUUACAUUCAAGUUAUUCAAUGAUAUAUCUAUUAAGCGAUUAUUAAUUUCAAUGGUUUGCCAAACUGAAUAAUCCUCACUAAACACAGAAUUACAAUAAAUUAAUCAAUACAAGGAAAAAUGCAUGUUGGAUUGAAUAACUAACUAUAUACUGAAUAUUCGCUACAGGGGAAAACACUGUAAAAGUUAAUAAACAGAAUUCACCAUGAAAAAAUUAAUAUAACGAAAAUGCUUUGAAGGUUAAUUAGACGAAAAUCACCUUAAAUUGAUAAGAGAAUUCUAAGACUGAUUUCCUUCCUUAUUCCUUGUAUUUGAGGAUUUGACGUCACCAACACUUCCCUCUCCCCUUUUGUAUAAUAAAUUGUUGAUAACAACCCUGGUGUGUCUUAUACAAUCGUCUGUGACUUUAUCAUGGAUUAUUAUGGAAUAGAAAGUAGAAUAUAUCAGAUUUCUUGUACAGACCUGUUAUACUAACGUGUUAUGGAUUUCAUCUAUUAAGCUAUAUAUAGUGUAGAAAUACUUCCAUAAAUCCAUAUAACUAAAAAACCUUUGGGAAUCUAAUUGAUGUGUAUUGUAAUAAAUUUACUGAAUAUUAUCGUAUGUUAUGUCUCAUUUGAGGGUAGUUUUCACUUCGCUAAACAGUUACACUUUUUGUAAGCGGUCUUGGCGUGCGGUUAGUUUAUCACCAGAUGUACAAGUAGUGACUUUUUGACUAGCUGAUUGAAAGCACGUAUAGUCAAUUACUUGCAAUAUGCACGUCUGCUUUUGAAAGGUAUAUUUCAGAGCUGUAACUUAAGAAAAGAAAAGCAACUUUGUAUCACUCUCCCUUUGAUAGGCAGUUUAAAAAUUAUUAGGAAUGUAAGUGGCGUGUGUGAUUAAUUCUAAAUAAGGUUUUAUUUAUGUUAAGAUCAUAAUGCGUCAGAAUUGACAAAACUUUUGAGUGAAGUGAUCAACUAUUAUUCAGCUACUCCAUUCGAUGUUGUUAAACUAAGAAUUGAUGCAAGUUAGUUUCGUGUUAGCAUCUUAUACUUUUAGUUGUAUCGAAGUAGGAUUUAUAGUUAUGAACUGCUGACCUACAGCUCAAGUUACAUGCAUCUAGUCAUAUGCAGACAGGUGGUUUCAUUAAAUUUAUUAUCACUAUUGCUAAGGUUAUAAUACUUUAGUUGGUAUUCAAGGUUCGAUUGGUUAUUGCCGUAUGUCCAUCCUGAGCGGAUUGUCUUGGUAUAGCUUUGUGCCACAAUUUCUAGUAUAAUUUAAUGUGUUGCUAACAGUGAUAUCUAAAUUGCGGAUUUUUUAUAUUUUGGGCUGCUCACACAGAUGUACACCCACAGUAUUAAAGUUCACAUUGAGACUCAAACCAAAUACCUUUCAUCUGCAACGCCUAACGUGUUAUCCAAUGAACCACUGAGGCAACCUGCUAAGCAUGUACAUGUGGCAACAAACAUUGAUCAAUUGCAGUCCCGAAUUUCAACAGCAGGAAGUUAAAAACUUAGUAACAUCUCCAUAUCUGGUUGAGGCGAGAGGUACCGUAUUCGAGUUUUAAUAUUGGAAGUAAUACUGGAAUCCGGGUAUAGUCAACUAAUGUGUCCAAAACGGACGAAACACGUCAUGUGUUCCACUGCUAACCAUAUAUCAAAUAUACUGACACUUUAGGAUUUUUUGUUAUUUUGACCUAGCUUAUAUCAUUUCUCACAUUUAUCAUGUUUUUCAAUCUCAAUUAUGACUAUUUACGGGCUAAAAACGAUGUUGAUCAAAUAAAAGACUAAAGAGCGACAAAAAGUUUGUUUGCUAUCAAUCAAAUAUAUAUAACAUGUGACUUGUGUACAGAUAAUUUUUUUUUCAAUUACAUUUUUCGUACUCAUUGUUAUAUGUAAUGAAAACAGGCCAUAUGUUAACUAAUUUAUAUGGUUUUUUGAGAAUUCGAUACAUGCAAUGUGUGAGUUAUCUUUGAUAUAUUUGGUACUUGAAUGCUUGACGCUGACUUUCUAAUUACUUCGCAGUCCUCCAUAGGUUUGCAUUUGAACCCAAAAAGUGGGAAGCAUGAAAAAAGCUUUACUUCUGGUAUAUAUGUAUAGUUGACAGCAAGUUUUACUAGGAGUUAGUGCAAAUUGAAAUACUGAAAAUAUCUUUCUAAGUACAAAUGUCAAGUUUAUUGAAGUUGAGCUUUAUGGCUUCUGCCACAUAGAGGUGAUAUAAACCUGGGUUACCUAUCAAACUAUUAGGAACUUGUUAUAAAACCGACAGUCCCUCCACUAGUUUGAUAUGAUGUUUACUAUCUAUCAACCAGAAAAGGGACUUAGUUUUUGAUCUUGUAAUUCAGUAUUUUAAAUUCCAAGUACUUGGGUCACUAAACCAUAGGUUCAUACAACCUUUUUGUUCAGGGUGUAUGAAUUCUAUUAUUCAUAUUUAUUAAAUUCUGGUUAUAUUUAAGUUUGUGAAUAACUUCUACAUAUAGUAAACAGAAGUAUCUUGUAAAACAUCAAGGUAGUUCCGUAUAUGUAAUGUGUCCGGAUGUGUAUGUCUUCACUCACUGAUUAAUCCUUGCUUACAAUUUAAACUAAAUUGAAAAUUUUGACUCAGUCACCGCAUGAUGUGAAUGUCUCGCGUUCGAUGCUGUGUAGGUUUAUGGCUCAGCACUUCUGAAAACGCGUAAAUUUUAAAGAACGUAUGGUUAAGAAAUCCCUAUCUUAAUCUUAUGCUAGUUAGUGGUGUUAAGUUUGAAAAAGGUGAAAAACGUGAUCGACAAUUUGAUGAGCACAAAAACAAUGAUUUGAGCAGAAUGACAUAAAUAGCUUUUGUUUCGCUAGGUUCUCAUUUCUAAGGUUACAUGCAUCUCCAAUUCUUUUUAAUUCGUAGUUCUGUUUUUGACUAAGUAACCUCAACUCAUGUUAUUUUCAAUCACCAUAAAUCUGUAUUCAGCUAUUUCAUUUACCUAAGUAGCUUGUUCGUCCAUUGUAUGAUGUUUUGUUAAUGUUUUCGGAUAUAUUCAUGAAUCCUCUCGUGCACAUGGUAUUCAUUUGACACAUUUUUUUCAAUCUUAUUAAUUUCAUUUAAAUCUACGCCGCACCACUUUGAAC